AUGGGUGAAAGAAAACUUCUAGGCCCUGAAAUGGUACAAGCGACAGUGGACAAGGUCAAUAUUAUACGGGCUAGGUUGAAAGCAGCACAAGAUAGGCAAAAGAGCUAUGCGGACAUGCGUAGAAAGGAUCUCGAUUUUGAGAUUGAUCCAUCACAUGUGUUAGAGACAUCAGAGAUUGAGUUGAGGGAUGACUUGUCUUAUGAGGAGCAGUCAGUGCAAAUUUUAGGAAGGGAAGAGAAAAGGCUUCACAACAAGACUAUAUCUUUGGUGAAGGUUCUUUGGAGAAAUCACCUUGUCGAGGAGGCGACUUGGGAGCGAGAUGAUCAAAUGCGGAGAUAG